CACCUUUCUUCUCCUUUCCCCCUGCAUAACUUGAUCCAGCUGGGCAUCCCGCCCGGCACCAGUUCCAUUCCCUGUUCACUGGGACAGUCUCCAAGUGUGGGAUAAGCUUGGUUUGUCCCUGGUCACCGUGACACAGCCACAGGAGGUGACCACAGGGCUGGGGCACUGAGGUCACCGGUGGCAAAGGAGCGAGGAGCCCUGGGCAGAGCUCAUCCCACGGGAUCAGCUGAUCCUGAUCCCCCCCCGCAUGCCAGCCGUCUGGGUAUAAAUCCACGCUGCAGAGCCCCGCGCUCUGUCUGUGUUACUACCAUGGGACGGAGCUGCUACUUCCUCCUGCUCCUCUUCCUCCUGUUCCCGUGGCCCAGAGCUACCCUGGCACUCCUGCAGUACCGCCACGACUGUGGAGAGUUGGGAAUGCAGCUCCUGGUCUUCCCGCCCCAUGGCCGCACCAUCCGCUUCAAGGUUCUGGAUGAGUUUGGCUCCCGCUUUGACGUGGCCAACUGCUCCAUCUGCCUCCACUGGCUGAAUUCCAGGGAGGACGGUUCUGUCAUCUUCUCCUCCGGCUACAAGGGCUGCCACGUCCUGUUCAAGGAAAACCGCUACGUCCUGCGGGUGCAGCUGGAGGAGCUGCUGUCCAGCGGGAUCCCAGCCACCUCCCACGAGGUCAACAUGACCUGCCCCAAGCCAGGUGACUCUGAGAUGCUCCCAGACGGAAAAUGGGAACAGGGCCAGGACAGCAGAGUUAUGAUCUCCCACACUGGCCUGCACCAGAUCUCUGAGUCCUCCCUUACCCUUUCAGCAUCCCAGCUCACAUCUCAAGAUCGCUUGGAGCAGGUUCACACCGUGGGACAUUACCCGCCCAGCUCAGUGCUUCCUGGCAUCCAGCACCAUUCCAAUCCGGCUCACUUGGGGCUUCUGUCACAGCCUGAUGGGGUUCAUUCUGUCACCCAAAUCCAGGAAAAACUCAUCCACCAGGGAGUGCAGCCCCCCCAGCCCGGGGGACAAAGCCAGCCAGGGAUUCUUCACCCAGUGCUUGUAUCCCAAAACUAUCCCAGUGUGGUGCAUCCCGGGAGUCAGAGCCAGCCAGGGCACCUGCGUCCCAGCUUUGUAUCCCAAAACCAGCCUGGGAUGGUGUAUCCUGGGGCUCAAAACCAACCAGCGGUUCGCCCAGGGUCUGUAUCCCAAAACCAUCCUGGGGGUCAAAACCAACCAGGGACUCGUCCCGGGUUUGUAUCCCACAACCAUCCUGGGGGUCAAAACCAACCGGGGCAGCUUCGUCCAGAGUUUGUAUCUCAAAUCCAUCCUGGGGGUCAAAACCAACCAGGGACUCGUCCCGGGUUUGUAUCCCACAACCAUCCUGGGGGUCAAAACCAACCAGGGACUCGUCCAGGGUUUGUAUCCCACAACCAUCCUGGGGGUCAAAACCAACCAGGGACUCGUCCAGGGUUUGUGUCCCACAACCGUCCUGGGGGUCAAAACCAACCAGGGACUCAUCCAGGGUUUGUAUCCCACAACCAACCUGGGGGUCAAAACCAACCAGGGACUCGUCCAGGGUUUGUAUCCCACAACCAACCUGGCUUGACCUCCACUGGUGCCCAGACCCCAGCAGGAUUCCUGCGCCCGGGAGCUCAGCCUGCAAACCAGCCAGGAAUAUCUCGUCCCAGUUAUCACUCCAACUCCCAAACUGGGUCCCAAGGCCACAAUGGGCUGCUCCAUCCUGGCCAUCCCAGUCCAGCUUUUGUGCACCCAGGACUCUCAUCCUGGCCAGGUUUCAUCAGCCCUGGACUCCAGGCUCAGCCCCAGCCAGGCCUGGGACGCCCAGGGCUGCAGCCCCAGCCUGGAUUGCUGCAUCCUGGGAUUCACUCCCAGCCCAGCCUGCUGCAGCCCACAGCGCUCUUCUACCCUUCGGCAGGGGCAGGAAUGCAGCUGACACGGGAGCAGUGCCAGGUGCCAUUGGGCCGGAUGCCGUGCGUGGCUCCACAGGGACGGGAUGGAUGUCUGCAGGCAGGAUGCUGCUACGACGACAUGGACCGUACCACACCCUGCUAUUAUGGGAAUACCGUCACGGUGCAGUGCCUGCUGGAGGGACACUUUGUCCUAGUGGUCCCACGGGGAAUGGUGUCCUCGCCAUACAACCUGGACAGCGUGCAGCUGGCCAGCAGCCAGGCGGGAUGUGAGCCCCUCCACGUGUCUGAGGCCUUCGUCAUGUUCCGCUUUCCCGUCACCCACUGCGGCACCACCAUCCAGGUGGUUGAGGACAGGCUGAUCUAUGAGAACCAGCUGAUCUCCACCAUCGAGGUCCAGGGAUCCCCCCGGGGCUCCAUCACUCGGGACAGUGUCUACAUUCUCAAGGCCCAGUGCAUCUACAACUCCAGCGACCUCCUUCCCUUGGGAGUGGAGGUGGCCGUGCCCCCCACAGCCACCCCCCUGGCCAUGCCAGGCCCUCUGGGGCUCCAGCUGCGGAUUGCCACCGACAAAUCCUACAGCUCCUACCACCCUGUGGGUGAUUUCCCCCUGGUGAGGGUGCUCCGGGACCCCAUUUACGUGGAAGUCCGGCUGCUCCAGAAGACAGAUCCCAAUUUGGUGCUGGUGCUGCACCACUGCUGGGCCUCCCCUGGCUCCCACGCCACAUCCCAGCCCCAGUGGCCCAUCCUGGUGGAGGGGUGUCCCUUCCAAGGGGACAACUACAGGACACGGCUGAUUCCAAUGGGUCCAGCCUCUCCGGAGCUGCCCUUCCCGAGCCACUACCAGCGCUUUGUCAUCUCCACCUUCGCCUUUGUGGAGACCCCUGGAAUGGCUGUGCUGGAGGGGGAGGUGUACAUCUCCUGCAGUGCUUCCGUGUGCCACCUGGCCCAGCCUGAGCCCUGCCGGCCCUCCUGCCAGCUGGGAGUGCCCUCACGGGUGCGGAGGUCUCUGGGAGACAGGACGACAGGUGACAGCAUGGGGACAGUCACAUCCCAGGGAUGCAUUGUCUUUCCUGAGGUUCCCAAGAGAGAGGGAACUCAGCAUAGAGGCUGAGGGCUCCAGACUCUACCUGGAUGCCGUUGGAUGUCUCCAGGAAAGCUGGAAAAAUAAAACUCGUGCAGAG